AUGCUAUUGGUGUCUAACCGGCUGGGAAACAGUCUGCCCCGAGUGUUAGGCAUAGUCCUAGAUGACCCGCCCCGAAGAGGAAUGUGCUCGAGCGGCUUAGGAGAUCCAUCAAACCUCCAUGAAGAAACUCAGCAUGGGAUCAUCUUUCGCCCAAAUACACAGUCACCAAAGUAUGAGACCAUGUCAUGUUCUAAAAUCAGUGUUCUUGCAGAACCAUCCGAGGUUCUAGGGAAAAAUUUAGAGAAUAACAAAGUUGUCUACGAGCGGGUGAUGGAAAUGGCAACAAGCAAAGGGUGCAGUCCUUCUCAACUGGCGCUGGCGUGGGUUCACCAUCAAGGAGACGAUGUGUGCCCCAUCCCUGGCACGACUAAGAUCACCAACUUUGACCAGAAUGCUGGAGCUCUUGUCGUAAAAUUAAGCUCGGAGGAGGUGAAUGAGCUCUGCAUGUCCACAAUAUGGAGAAAUGCAGACACCUCACCAUUAUCUUCUUGGCUACAAAUUCAUCACUGA